UACGGUUACAACAAAAUACCGGGAAAAAAUCACCUAACCUUAAAUGGUCUUAAAUCAUAACAAACCGCUAGGUUCGAAUCGCCGCAAUCGAUAGAAUUGACAAGAAGUGCCGUACCAGCCGUACACCGUUCAGAGGUGUUCUGUGCAUAGAGAAAGUAAAAUAAGUUUUACUUUCUCUAUGGUUCUGUGCGUAUACCUAGACGCUUCCCUGGAAAAUUGUACAUAUAAUUUUACAAAACAUUGGCAACGCCGAGGAAGUUUUUAGUGUUGACGACUGACGUUGCGGGUCACUAUCAGAAAAAACAGUCUAACGUCUAACCAUUGGAACCUCACCAAGUCCAUUCGAGACUAUUUUUAAGUUCAUUAGUCAUCUUUCAAGUACACGUAUCUUUUACGCUAUAAAGCGGAGCGAGCUCUACUUGACUUUAAAAUUGUGUUAUUGUCUGAAUCCUCACGAUGAGCAUCCAGUGGACGCUGAUUGCCGGUUUUCUCUACGCAGAAAUCGCUGUAGUUCUACUUUUGGUUCUUCCUGUCGCCAGCCCAAGAAGAUGGAAUGCUAUAUUUAAAUCCAGAUUUCUUCAAGCCCUACAACGGCAGGCCGGAGUAUACUUCGUGAUCCUUUUCGGCAUUUUAGUUCUGUUCCUUCUGGACGCCAUUAGAGAGAUGCGAAAAUAUUCCAAUCUAGAGACUGAAGAGCAUGGUCAUGCUCACCUGGACAGGGAAAUGCAAGGAAGCAUGCGACUGUUCCGAGCGCAGCGCAACUUCUACAUAUCCGGAUUUGCCCUAUUUCUAGCUUUGGUUAUCAGGCGUUUGGUGAUUCUCAUCUCUUCGCAAGCAGCUCUAUUGGCUCAAUCUGCGGCCUCCAUGGCUCAGGCUCAAAGCGCCACAAAUGCCGCCCGAAGUCUGUUGGCGAAAAGUGGCGAAGCGAAGGACAACGAAACCAAUGAAGCAAAUGAUGUAGAGAUGAAGGAGCUGAAGCAAAAUGUUACGGAUCUGGCAAACAGACUGGCGAAGGAGAGGAACGACAAGAUUGACGUGGAAACCAAACUAGCUAAUCUGGCCAAAGAUUACGACCAGCUCUCCGAGGAAAAUUUAACGUUGAAGAAUAAACUGAAAAUCUCCGGCGCCGGGGACAAGAAAAAUGAGUAAUUUUCUCAUUAAAGUUCAUAAUUUAAUUUUAUAUAAACCUAGUCUGUAGGAAGUUACUGAAGUCUGAUUGUAGAGCACUUGGAAUGGUAAGGGAUUGUGAUUGUAUUUAUAUGAUGUUAUUCGAAAGAGAUUUUAACUACCGUUGCUUUUACAGGCCCUCUUGAGCUUAACACCAUUUAACAGUAUCUGUAGCUAAUAAUUUGAUAUUUUCUGAAUAAACUGUUUUAUUAUUGCCACCAAAAA